AUGGAAAAGGUCAUGCCUGCUGUGGUCAAUGUAAUGAAGGAAGAAGCUACAUUGGUUACUCUGAUUAAACCCCAAUUUGAGGUUCCCAGAUCUCAAGCAUUAAAGGAUUUGCCUCGAGAAAAUGUUCAGUUAACUACAAAAUUUGGAAUUGUCAAAAUGGAACCUACUCAAGUUGUGGUGAAGGAUACCGUUGAAUAUGUGAACUCUUGUUGUGAGGCUAGUUUGAAGCACCUUGGUGUGGACUACAUUGAUCGCUACUACGUACACCGGAUUGACACAUCAGUACCUAUAGAGGAGACUAUGAGAGAACUUAUGAAAUUGGUGGAAGAGGGUAAAAUAAAAUACAUUGGCUUAUCAGAAGCAAGCCCAAACACAAUAAGGAGGGCACAUGUUGUUCAUUCUAUAAUUGCUCUACAAAUGGAGUAUUCCUUUUUGACUCAAGAAAUUGAGGAAGAAAUAAUCCCUCUUUUGCAUGUUAAUGUUAUUUAUAUAUUGGGUUAUUUUGAGGGCGUUACAAACAAUGAUGUUGAGAAGGUAGUAAUGGAGAAGAAGCUCAUUUUGCUGAAUAAGCGCCCCGGCAAUACAAGUUCGGGAAGUGCUGCAUAA